AUGAGUGCAAAGCGUGGCCCAACACCUAAAGAAUCGGCAAAAGGAAAGUCCAAAGCACCAUCUGACAUUGAGAGUGGGAGUGAGGAGUUGUCAGAAACUGAUGAAUUGGAACCAAGUGAAACCGACGUUCAACCUAAUCUACCACCACAAGCAAAACGUGGCCGCCCACGUAAAAAUAUCAUCAAAGAAGCCGCGAAACGGAUGAGGAAAAAUUGA